AACUAAGAACAUUCCAUUAUUCAUUCAUUUAAAAACAAAUCUUGGCCAUAGUGCUCGAAUUGCGGCUAUAGUCCACAACGGGUCCUCUACCCUCCAAACGAAGCUGUGAGUGCCGUUUUCCCUGUCCUCUUAACGACGAGUGCCCUGUCUGUAAACGGGAAUAAGUGUAAACGAAACAACGUGGCUCUCAUUCAACUUCUGUCUCAUUCUCCCCUUCAUCCAUGAGGCGACCGGUUCGUUAAAGUUCGUGCCGAGCUGAGUUCCCUUCGCACCACAGCCCAGCUGGAUUCAAGCAGGCAAUUGCUGUUCGCACGCAAGUUUCGCUCAACGCUUCGAACGAGCAGGGUGUGCGUGCAUCAUCGAACCGUCGCGGGAACCACCUUUUUCGUAGUGAUUUCGCGCCCACGAAACAUUGUCGCGAUCGCAGUGCCGUGCGCUGAAAGUGCAGCAAACGUUCGACCGAACGAGUGGUUUGUCGAGCGGAAAAAGAGAAGUGGCUCGGCUAAUUGAGAAGUGGCGGGCCUACAAGAGUUUGGUGUGAAUAAUUUGUCCCACAUUAGAAGAUUACACCUGCCCGGGGAAAGGGGAAGUGGCACAAAACCGACGCGUCGACCGGCCAAUGAAGGCCCGAUAAUGGAAAUGGUUCUUGUGUGCGGUGCCGGUGAUUCUGUGGUGCGUUCCGUGUCGAGCAUUUCGGCCGCGCUGUUUGAUUUUCCCGGCGUUUAGUGUGCGACCGUGCAGGAGCAGGUGUGCUUUUGUCGGUGCGCUGGGAGUGCGUGCGUGAGUGUGAGUGUGUGUUUGUUUGUGCCUCGAUGCAAGAUGGCAACAUUCGGCGCAGUGAACGCAUCGAAGCGCAAUCCGGCCGAUCCGGAACCGCAUCAUCAACAGCAUCAGCAACAGCAACAACGCCAAGCGGCAACGGGUGAAGUGCGAAGUGGUGGGAUGGAACCGAUGGGGUUGGGGGUGGGAUCGGGCCGUGUGCCCCAGGCAGAGGAAAACGCCAAAAAGUGCAAUGCCAAAGUGAGCGGUGCGUCGUUGGGCCGAAGAAAAGGCAGCGGCAGCGGGCUCGAGGGCGGCCGCAACGCCAAACCGUCCCACGGGGAGGCCCACGCGCCAUCGGCCCACUCGCUGAUCAACUACCUGUUCUAUCUCAUGUGCAUCACGGCGCUCGGGGCUACCGUGUACUCCAACCUGCGCCAAUCAUACGUAGAGGAUAAAUUAAGUAGUCUAGUUAGUUUCGAAGAACGGCUCAGCCUGCUCGAGGCGCAGAUGAGCGAUGUAUAUAGGAGGAUCACACUGCGCCGGAUGGACGGGUCGGGGGCGGUGGUCACCGACGAUACCGACCAGGCCAGCGACCAGGAGGAAAGCAUGUCCGAGGUGGUGCGGAAGAUUUCGCAUCAAAUCGCCGAGCUGCCGCGGAUGCGACGUGACCUGUCCGCGCUCAAGGUGUCCCGCAAGGAUCGACAGGCCGCGAUUCAGCAGAUCGGCACUGAGUGCAUGUGUCCACCAGGACCCCCCGGACCACCUGGACCGCCAGGCAAAAGAGGGAAGCGGGGCAAAAAGGGAGACCCGGGCGAUCCGGGCGUGGAGGGUCCCACCGGUCCACCGGGCAAAAACGGACUACCGGGAAUCCGAGGACCGAAAGGCGAUCGAGGACUAAUGGGUCCGAUAGGUUUGGACGGACCAAAAGGCGAACCGGGUCGACCGGGCGACAAGGGCUCGAAAGGUGAAGUUGGCGCACCUCCGAUAGACGUGUUCCAGACGGUGAAGGAUCUGCAGGCGGCCGGUCAUAAUGUUUCCGCAGCCAACAUCAUCCAGCUGAAGGGCGAACCGGGAGAGCCGGGACCGCCGGGACCGCCCGGUCCACCGGGUGCGACGGGUGCGAUAGGUCUGGACGGACGUCAAGGACCGCCGGGAGAUCCAGGACCGAAGGGCGAUCCUGGUCCGCCGGGUGAGAAGGGUCCGGUCGGUAACCCGGGAACGCCGGGACUUCCGGGUGCGAAGGGCGAUCGGGGCGACAAGGGUGAUCGGGGGCUAACGACACACUUCAAGGGCGAUCAGUUCCCGGCCGGCAUAAUUGAAGGUCCACCAGGACCGCCAGGACCUCCUGGUCCACCGGGAGAAAAGGGUGACCCAGGACCAGAGGGACCGCCAGGACCGCAAGGCGAGAAAGGACCGCGAGGCAAGCGUGGCAAACGGGGACCCGGCAAGGAUGACGAUUACGACGAAGCGACACUGGCACAGUUCCGUGGCCCUGUAGGUCCACCGGGACCGCCCGGACCACCUGGACGCGAUGGAACACCCGGCACCAAGGGUGAAGCAGGUGAAGUGGGAGCUCCGGGAUCGCUUGGACCGCGCGGUCUGGACGGAAUGCCGGGAGAGCCGGGUAUUGAGGGUCCUCCCGGAUUGCCGGGCUAUCAGGGCCCGCCGGGCGAGAAGGGCGAUCCAGGCGAUAUCGGACCUCCAGGACUUAUGGGGCCGCCUGGUCUGCCGGGUCCGCCGGGCUACCCAGGAGUAAAAGGCGACAAAGGAGAUCGAGGAGAUUCCAAGUUCCGGAAAAUGCGACGGCGACAAGAUCACGAAGGCAUGGCCGACGAACCGUAUCGGGAUGUUGUGUAUGGACCGCCGGGACCACCGGGACCACCGGGUCCGCUCGGACAUCCGGGACCACCGGGACCGCGAGGCUACGAUGGCAAGAAGGGCGACCGAGGCGAAAAAGGGCAGAAGGGCGAAUAUGGACCUAUGGGAUUACCGGGUCCAAUGGGAAUGCGUGGAGAUUCCGGUCCAGUGGGCCCUGUGGGCAAACCAGGACAUCCGGGACCGCCGGGACUGGACGGGAUGAAGGGCGCCCAGGGCGAAACCGGCAACAAGGGCGAACGGGGCGAUCCAGGACUGCCCGGAACGGAUGGCAUCCCGGGCCAGGAGGGACCGCGAGGUGAGAAGGGCGGCAAGGGUGAUCCGGGCCCGAUCGGCAAGCGGGGACGGAAGGGCGAUCGUGGUGACAAGGGUGACCAGGGCGUACCCGGACUGGACGCACCGUGCCCGCUGGGGAUGGAUGGACUGCCCCUGCCCGGAUGUGGUUGGCGUGCGCCGAAAGUGUAUCAGGAACCGAUCGUGCCGUCACCACCCCACAAGGACUAUCUGCCCGAUGUGACCGGAACCGAGAACGAAAGUGAAUACGUCGAGGAGGAGGACGACGGGGCACCCGAAACCGAGGACUACGAAGAGGAGUACGUGGAGAACGAAAAUGGAAACUGAUUCCAACCCCCGUUGGCGGUUCAGGGCGGUACAGGGAUACGUUUGGUCGUAGACUUGGGUGGAACGGGAAAUGUUAAAUUUUACCAACAAACAAUUAACAUUCCACUGGCUGAUGUCCUUUUUUUUUUUGUUGCGCGAUUGCGGUCAUCUUGCUGUGUGUAGUUUUUACAUGACCAUCCCUUCUUUUCCAUAUUACCGCAUUUGUGAAUGGAAACGAGUUUGCCCUUUUGUUUUUGUCCGCUCACGUUGAUGCUGAUGUGUUUCCACUUUAAUGCUAUUAUUUGCGUUGCGUUGAUUAAUUUAUUUCGAUUGCUGGCGUGAGCCCAUUUUUUCAUCUUGCUUUUGCCAUUUCCGAUGGGCCAAUGUAUGUAAAUGAAACUGCCAAAAACGGAAAAGGGGAAAUGGAAGCCUCCCGUACCUUCGUCAACGCGCGUGCCGCCAUUCGUGGAAAUGCGCACGAGCGAAAUGAUAGAUGUAAAUUAAUUUAAGCUACACAAUCCGUAUCAGAUUUUUAUUUUCGCAGCAUAAUUUAUGUGAACACACACGGGAACACACAUACACACACACACAUUCAGUUUACAAUUUAUGAGCAAUGCUGUUCUUGGUGGUGUCGGUCCGUGAUUGCUCGCGCCUAUGAUUCAUUUGCGUUCGUGUGCUACAUUAUGUACAAAACGUGGUCCACGUGGCUGACAUUCGCCAUUCAGAGUGAUAAGCGGAGGUAGAUACAGACGCAAUGAGCUCGGUAUUAUCGUACAAGUUUGAUUAAAGUUUAAGCCGUAGUCAGUGCAACAAUCUCGUGCGCCGAUUCUCUUUUGAGACUUGGCAAUUUAUGAUAAGAAGGCGAGGGAUGAGAAAAUCAGACAUUAUUAUGAUAGUGUAAUGUAAUUAUGAGAAAAAUCAUGUAAAAAUAAAAACAAUCAGAUUAUACUAUAA